AUGAAGUGCGUGGUAUCGCUUCUAAGAGAUUCAGCCUGCCAGUGGUGGAACACUCUCAUGUCGACUGUGCUGAAAGAGAAAGUGGCUUGGAAGUUUUUCCAAGAGGAAUUUUGCAAGAAGUACAUCAAUCAAAGGUUUAUGGACCAAAAGAGGAAAGAGUUUCUCGACUUGAGGCAGGGUGAAAUGGCAGUUACCAAAUAUGAGCUUGAGUUUAUGAGGCUUAGAAAAUAUGCUUGGGAAUGUGUAUCUACUGAAGCCAUCAUGUGUAGAAGAUUUGAGGAUGGGUUGAACGAAGACAUCCAAUUGCUGGUUGGUAUCCUUGAAUUGAAGGAGUUUUUUGUGUUGGUCGAGAGAGCAUACAAGGCUGAAGAAUUGGCUAAAGAAUAA